AUGGCCAAGAAGUCGCGCGCAUCAACAGGCUCAGCGGCCGCGGCUGUAACCGCCUCGCCAAAAUCCAAGGCCAGGCAGACGACGUACAAUGGCUUCGUCGCGCUCCCGCUCUCCGUCUCGUCGCCGGUACCGAUCGCAUCGAGCUCCAAGUCGCCAGAGCACUACCUCUUCGUGCGGGCGCACACGCCCAAGGCGUCCGCCAGCGACGCGGAGCGCGAGCGCGCCGAGCGGACCCUGUUCGUCGCCAACGUCCCCGUCGACCUUGGCACGCAGGCCGUCCGCACGCUGUUCGGCAAGUGGGGCGUGGUCGAGGACGUCGUCCUCCCCGAGGUUGUCGGUGACGCGCUCGAGGCCGCCGUGCGCGGGCUGCCGGACUCCGACGACGAGGAGGACGAGGACGACGACGAUGAGGAGGGAGAGAAGGCCGACGACGACGGCUGGACAACCGUAGGCAAGAACGGCGAGUUCCUCGGCACGGGCGAGAAGGCGCCCCGCUCGCGGCGGACACGGCGCAAGGUCGCCGAGCUGCCCGCGAGUGUGCCGACCGUCGUGCCCCUCCCGGACCUCAGUCCGAGGGGGACGAGCUUCGGCGUGUCGGGUUCGCGCGUGGCGCACGUCGUGUUCCUCGACGCCGUGUCCGUGUCCCGCGUGCUGGCGUACGCUGGCGGCGCGUUGCCAGCGGGCGAUAAGAGCGCCGAGCCGACCGGGCUGGCGUUCUUCGAGGCGCAGUACGACGCGCUCCGCCCCUCGCUCGUGGCCGUGCGCGAGCACGCUGACUCGGCAAUGGCGCGGUACGACCACCUGCACUCGCUCCUCCUGUCCUCGCGCGCGCGCAAGCACGGCGCCGGCGCGCUCGUCGACGAGGAGGGCUUCACCGUCGUGGUGCGCGGCGGGCGGUACGGGCGCACUGCCGGCCGCGGCGGCGACCCCGGCGGCGCGGGCGUCGGCGUCGCGGCGCGCGGGUUCGCAAAGACGGCAGCCAACAAGCCCAAGGGCAAGGGCGCGGGCGAGCUCACGGAUUUCUACAAGUUCCAAGCGGUCGACCGCAAGCGCCAGGAACUCGCGGCCAUGCGUGCGCGCUUUGCAGACGACCAGAAGAAGGUCGAGGAGCUCAAGAAGUCGCGCCGCUUCAAGCCCUACUAG